CCUCCCGCGAUCUUUCCGAAGUGGAAGCCGAGCGAGCGCGUGCAGGCGCUGACGGUGAAUCAGAUCGAGGAGAUUCGACGACGCAUGGACGUGACCGUGGAGUGCAAGGAAGGCGACGAGGCCGCGCCGCCGGUGGAGUCGUUCGAAGACAUGAUGCUGAACGCGAAGAUCCUCCUCGACAUCCGCUUCCACGAGUACGACAAGCCGACGCCGAUCCAAGCGCAGGCGAUCCCGAUCAUCCUCAGCGGCCGCGACGUCCUCGGCUGCGCCGAGACGGGCUCGGGCAAGACCGCCGCGUUUAGCAUCCCGAUGAUUCAGCACUGCCUCGAGCAGGACCCGAUCAAGCGCGGCGACGGCCCGUUCGCGAUCGUCAUGGCCCCGACCCGAGAGCUCGCGCAGCAGAUCGAGAAGGAGGCGAAGGUGUUCUCCAGGAGCAGCAAGGGGUUCAAGACGACCAUCGUCGUCGGAGGCACGAACAUGUCGGACCAGCGAUCGGACCUCCGUCAGGGCGUCGAGGUGUGCGUCGCGACGCCCGGUCGCCUCAUCGACCACCUGCAUCAGGGUAACACGAACCUCGGGCGCGUUUCGCUCGUGAUCCUGGACGAGGCGGAUCGCAUGCUGGACAUGGGGUUCGAGCCGCAGAUUCGAGAGGUGAUGCAGAACCUCCCGACGCCGCAUCAGACGCUGCUCUUUUCGGCGACGAUGCCCGCGGAGGUUGAGUCGCUCGCGGCGGAUUACCUCAAUAAACCCGUCAAGGUGAAGGUCGGCGCGGUGUCCGUGCCGACCGCGAACGUCGCGCAGCACCUCGAGAAGCUCGUGGACGCGCAGAAGGUGGACCGCCUGUGCGAGCUCCUCCUCGAGGAGAAGGCGGAGGCGGAAAAGUUUGGCGGCUCGCUGCCGAUGACGGUUGUGUUCGUCGAGCGAAAAGCGCGCGCCGACGAGGUGAUGGAACUCCUCAACGCGGAGGGCGUCUCCGCGGCGGCGUUCCACGGCGGACGCUCGCAGCAAGAGCGCGAGGCGGCGCUGUCGGAUUACAAAAACGGGAAGUGCUCCGUCCUGUGCGCGACGGACGUCGCCGCGCGCGGGUUGGACGUCAAGGGCAUCGCGCACGUCGUGAACCUCGACAUGCCGCGCAUGUUUGAAGACUACGUCCACCGCGUGGGAAGAACGGGACGCGCGGGGAUGACGGGGCGCGCAACGAGCUUUUACACCGACCGCGACUCGUACAUCGUCGCGCAGGUGAAGCGCGCGCUCGCGGAGCUCGAGGCGGGCAACGCGUUCGCGUUCGCGACGGGGAAGGAGGCGCGCGCGAAGGAACGCGAGGCUGCCAAGGCGUGGCGAGAGGGGAGAGAGGAGGAGCCGGAGGCUGUGGGGGGGGUGAACAUCAUCGUGGACGAGAAGUUUAAGCACAUG